UUGUUGACUCUUCACUAUGGCGAGCUUCACACAUCGUUGGUUUUAAUUCUAGUCGCAUUCGCUUUGGAAUUUUAACGCCCAUCAUUUUUAUUUUGCAAGUCUCGACGUUUUUCUGAUUUAUCCGGACUUGUAUUUGAUGUGCAGUUUCGUACAAUAGCCGACUGUAUCUUCAGACAGUCGUAUUUAUUUUACGCGAUAAUAUAUAUUAGCUUUUCGUGAGUGCUUUAAUGGUCUGGAUACAACGUAAUUGUUCCACCUGACCAUGCAGAAUAUCUCGGUGAUAAUGCCACACAGCAAAGAUUAGUAUCAUAUAUCGUUGUAGUUGCCACUCGCUUUUUUUGUAGAAAUUACUUUUUAAGAUUAGAAAGAAAGAAAACGGGAAAAGAAGGAAAAUUCCAAACAGAGUCAUGUCUUUCAGGAGGGGCGUUGUCAGGCAGAGUAAGUUCAGGCAUGUAUUUGCCCAAGCAUGGAAGGCUGAGCAUUGCCUUGAUGAUGUCAGAGUUUCACGUGUGACAUGGGAUGGUCCCCUGUGUGCUGCCAAUCCGAAGUUCAUCGCUGUCAUCAUUGAGGCUGGAGGGGGCGGAGCCUUUCUUGUGCUACCGCUAACCAAGACUGGUAGAGUGGAUCAGAACAUCCCUACUGUGUGUGGUCAUGCUGCUCCAGUUCUGGAUGUGCAGUGGUGCCCACAUGAUGACCAUGUUAUUGCCAGUGCCUCAGAAGACUGUACUGUAAAGAUUUGGCAGAUUCCUGAUGGUGGUCUUAUAACGCCCAUGUCUGAAGCUAUUGUGACUCUCGAGGGUCAUAGUAAAAGAGUAGGCAUCUUGGCCUGGCAUCCCUCUGCUCUCAAUAUCCUGUUGACUGCAGGAUGCGAUAAUGUUCUUUGUAUGUGGGAUGUGGGCACCGGGGAGUUGGUGUAUCAGCUGAGUGAUGCCCAUCCAGAUCUUAUAUACAGCGUAAGCUGGAACCGUGAAGGCAAUGUCUUGUGCACCACCUGUAAGGACAAAGCCCUACGUGUCAUUGACCCCCGUCGUGGAACUGUACUCAAGGUGCGGGAAAAGGCUCAUGAGGGCACCAGGCCAAUGAGAGCUGUUUUUCUGGCUGAUGGGAAAAUUCUUACGACUGGAUUUAGUCGUAUGAGUGAGAGACAGCUCGCCCUCUGGGAUACAAGAGAUCUCUCAGAGCCAAUGGUUACUCAGGAGAUGGACACCAGUAACGGAGUUCUGCUUCCAUUCUAUGACCCAGACACCAACAUGGUUUACUUGUGUGGCAAGGGGGAUUGUACCAUUCGUUACUUUGAGGUGACAGAUGAGUCACCAUAUGUUCAUUUCCUGAGUCUGUACAGCAGUAAGGAGCCACAGAGAGGGGCCGGUUUCCUGAGCAAACGAGGGGUAGAUGUGAACAAAUGUGAAAUAGCAAGGUUCUAUAAGCUGCAUGAGCGUAAGGUUGAGCCCAUAUCUAUGAAUGUGCCUCGGAAGUCUGAUCUGUUUCAAGGGGAUCUGUACCCCGAUACAGCGGGAUUAGAACCUGCUCUGCUGGCAGAAGAUUGGAUAGCAGGACAGGAUGCUCUUCCACUGCUUGUCUCCCUCAGCGGUGGCUACACAGUCCCACCAUCCAAAUGCGGCACCCUUCGCGGGCGACCCAAAAAGCUCUCUCAGACCGAUACCGGUCCUGGAAGCACUGCUGCACCGGAAAACCCUGUUAUCAUUCAGAUGGAGAGAGAGGGGUCAAGCUAUGAAUGUGGAGGGAGGGACAUAGAUGGUGGGGAAGAGAGAAUAAAAAAAGAGGAGGACCAACUUUCCGAUAUUUUAACAGAGGUGCAGGGUCUGCGUGCUCUCGUGCUGGCUCAAGGUCAAAGGAUUGAUGUACUGGAAAGACAGAUUGCCCGUAUUGAGGAUGGAGAAGUGUGAAGGAAACUCCAAACAUAGCCUUUCUUAGAUUUAAAAGCUUUACUGAAGGAUUAUGGGGCAUGUAGUUACAUUACUGUAGUAUAAUGAUACAAACAUGAUUUGAGCAUCAUUGGGAACACGCUAUUUUUAAAUGCACUGACAUUUGAUGUUAUAAAUGAUGCUUAUUUUAUGCUUUUAAUAGGGCUUUAAGAGUACAUCAGGAACUGACAUGUGCUAACUGCAGACUGCAGUCUGUGUUUGGUAGGUCAGCAUUUGUAUAAACAUGCAAAGUACAGAAAAGCAACCUCGAAUACACUCUUGUCACAUGCACAUGCAAUAAUAUUUAAGUAUGCCUCUCUUUAUUAAAACUAAACAUCAGGAAAUGUAAAAUCCAACAUGCUGAAUUAAUUAGCUUUUCAGUUUAAAGUUUUUAAGUUAAAGGUGCUUAUUAACAUACUUUAACCAAUACUGUUUAGCUGCCCUUAAUGGCUCUUUUCUUCCAUUUUAUGUCUUAACAAAUGUAGCAUUCGUUUUGGAUGUUUUUUGUGUGAAUCUGUCUGUAGCAUGUGUUGGAAACUGUACUUAGUGUUUGAGAAAGGUUAGAAUAAUAAAUAGUAGCUCACUGAGCAAUAGAGGAGCCUCCAGUGAUCUUAAAUACUUCCACACAGCAGAUCUAAAGAAAAAAACAAGAAAUUAUAAUUUACAUGCAGAAAAUGAAGCCUAUUUUUAGGAGAAUUUAUAGUAUUUCAAAACAUAAAAAAUCAGCACAGUUUAAUUAGACAAACAUGCUAUUUUGCAUGUGCAUUGCAAGGUCUAGUCAGGACACUAUCUCACAGAGCAACGUUUUGAUAGUGCCACACAUACAAAAAAAUAAUCGCACCCACUUUAUAUUAGGUUUAUAUUAGGUUCCAACUACUAUAGACAACUGCAUAAGACAACGUGUAUACAGCAUACCUAUUGCAUUUAACAUAUAUUUAAAGCUUUUGCAUACAAUUACACUCUUGACCCCAGACCUACCCCGAACAUGUGUGCAGAAUAAAUUCAAUGCUUUUCCUUACAGUAUUUACAGUAAGUUCUAAUGUGGGACCAAAUGCUUAAUUUUCUUUAUGCAAAAAUGUUUUUUGUUUGUUUUGGAGGUAAAAGAUGAUCUUUACAGAAGAACAUGUCCAAAUGUGUUUUUCAUUUUUUACCCUCCAACAAUUGUGCUUCAUUGCUAUUUGACUAAAUAUACAAAAUAGUAAAAUGAUGUGCUGUUAAUAGAUCUAGAUGCUUUUGUAUUUUAAUUAUGGGCACUACAAUCAGAUGAAAGUUCAGGGACAACUCAUCCUCCUUUGUAAAUGAUUUUGUUUGUCUAGCUUUAAUAGCUGUAUAUGUUGUAAAUUGUUGAUUUACUCAUCUAUGUAUGUGCUUAACCUAAUCUGUUCUUUUUAAUAAAGAAAAUCUACUCA